ACAGAUUUCUCGAUUGCUUAAACACAUUUCUUGAAACUAUGCCUUAUAUUCUCAAAAUAGUAAACACAAAUCCAUAACGUCUCACCCAAUUCCCCAAACAUCCUAUUUUCAGGUCAAAAUGAAGCUCUACACUCAAAACCAUUCACUCUUGCUGAAAAACCAAACUUUGUCCUCAGACAUGACACACAAGCCCUCAAAAACACACACACACUACAACAUAGUCUUACACACUGGUGAGAGAAAUUCAAAACAAUACUACAAAAACCAAAACCCAGUAAUAAGUUAUGUUGCUUGUAGUUCUCAUCCUCAAGGAAGUUUUAACAUGAUGAACACAUGUAUACAUUUGCACAUUUUUAUUCCUUAAUGUUCUGUACAGUACAAUACACCAAACAACAACAAAAAAUAUUCUGCCCCAGCAUCACAUCUUUGGUCUGGGACAGGCCAGAGAAUCUCAUCAACAUCACAGGCUGUACUGGCCCUAUCCAGGCAUUGGUGGGAAAAUCCUCUUGCAUGCCUGAUCCUCCCCUGACACACAUCAACUGAAAUGUCUAGUCUGGCUUCUUCCAUUUCAUCGUCUCUGUGUCCUACAAAAAUAGAAGUACUGAUUACUGUAACUAUAACACGUGCUUUUUACAAAAUGGAAGCAGACAGAAACUCUAUCUGUAUGUAAGGCAGUUUGAUGCAUGUGUUGUAACAGAGUACAGCACUCAGAAGUUACAGUAGAUACACUGAGGUACACCUGCCUGUUUUCAUCCCUGAAGGUUCUUAUGAUCGAGGCGACGGUGAAGCAACUUCAGUUUUGCUGAACUCAUUGCCCAGCCUCCCUCAUAGUCAUACCAUGGGCAAGGACAUGGUCAGCUAGUGGCACAAAUUUCAUCUGAGACUCCUUGUCUCCUUGCCCCUCAUCCUCAUCCUCCCCUUCUUAAUCCUCCUUCACCUCUUCCUCCACUCUUUACAGCUCUUGUUCCUCCUCCUCUUCUCUGGUGUCCUCGACCAUUUCAAUCACGUCUCUCUGGAUCCAUUUUUCCAAAACUGAAUGAACUCUGGCUCUUUUAUCUCUCUGUUGAAGGUUCUGAUUGGUGUGUGAUAAAUUUUGACUCUUCGUGUUUCCACGUGGGUAACUGUGUGCUAAUUGAGCUCAGGCUGUGCUGACUUGAGUGAACAAUAUUGAAUGCUAGUGCUUUCAAAAUGACAACAUGGUGUAGGCAAUGAGAAAUGAAGGGAUUUGUGUGUAGAGUUUUGCAGUGACAGUUCAACAAAUCUGAUUCAUGUGUCAAAAAGGGGAAUAGUGUUUAUAGUUUAGGGAAAUGGGUGUGCUUUUUGAUAAAUGGCGUUAUGGUUUUGAAAUUUUAAUUCAUAAGCCUGGUUAUAGUGUUUAAGUAAUCGAGAAAAAUUGUAAGUACCUACUCUUUUAGUGCUCAUUAAGUAAGUGCCUCACACUAACUCCUCACAUGUGCAAACACUCAUUGCUUUACUUAACACCAACCAAUCAUGGCUUUAGAAUAGGCCUAUAAAUAGGCCAAAGGUCAAGUUAUAGGCUUUAAACAAUUUUUCUGUUGUCUACUUGCUUCCAUAUUCAUCAUUUCUAAACCCUGUUGAGGAAUUUUUCUCCACAUGGUGCUGGACACUGACACUGCUUCCAUCCAAGGUUGGAUAAGCAAGAGAGAACAGAAUGUGACAUGGAUGAAGUAUUGUGGCCGGACCCAGCCAGGAGGAGAGAUGGAGCAGUCUUGUACAGAAAUGUACACAGGAGCUCAUGAAAGAAGAGCUUUAGGUUUUGAGUAACUGUGUGUAUAUGAUAUAUCCAAAAAUAGAAUAUUAUGGAAGAGGUGUUUGCAAAGUAAGACAAAUGUUUGCUUUUGAGAUGUGUUUGUGAUAUUUUGAAUGCAGCGCUUCAUUUUGCAAGAGAUGUGAGGCAUUUUGCAUUUUGUGUGUGCAAUUCUUGGAUUUGUGUGUAAAGUUUUGAAAAAAAGAGACAAAGUUUUGAAAAUGUAAGCAGUUGAAAAAACUGUAUUUAUAUAGCGCCUUUCAGCUCAAGGUCGCUUAAUCCCAGCAGAAACAUAUCCAAAAACGUAUCAGCCAAUAAACAAACAGACAGGUGCCAGCGUGAAGCGGCAGCACAAGCGCGCCAGCGUUCUCACACCGGAAGUCGGACUUCAAGCUUUGAACCACGCCAGUAGAAAACAUUCCUCUUUCUUGAGCCGUGCUUUUAGCAGUUAACAACAACUUCGUUUAGAAGAACACAUUUAAAACUUCUAGACAAAAAAGAGGCUGAGAAUUAAAAAAAAAAAAAUCAUCAGUUAAGUUUUAUUUUGCAUAUUGAUGUUAGAAACGGUAGAGGAUCAGAUGUUUUAUCAAGCGAUGUUUAUUUUCACAUUUAGAUGCCCAUGUGUGGCAGAAGGCCAUGUGACAGAGCAGACACUGUGUGGGGCUUCAGGAAUAGUGUUUUAGACUUUAGUUCAAUACGAUUGUUAUUUUUAUUUCCAUAUGCAUGAUAUGUUGUGAUUAUUUUAUGAUUAUUUUAAUUCCUUUUCUAUGUGAAGCACUUGCCUUGUGCCCUGCUGGAGCAGCUCUAAUGAGGCAUGAAAAAAGCAGAAGGAAAUAUGCUUCAUAUUAUUUUGGUUUCUCUGCCCAAUAUUUUUAUAAAUGAAAAUGCAAUGAAAAUACACAUAUCGGUACUCUGGAUUGUCAAGUACUAAAACUGUUCUGGAAAAAGUGGUAUCAAUGCAUCUCUAAUAUGAACGUCUCCCAGGUGUGACGUGCACUGGAGGGGGGGAAAAUUGUUUUUACAUUAUUUUUUGAAAACAGAAUUAGUAACUUUUAUGUUGUUGUUUUUUUUUGUCUAGACUAACAAUCAAUAGGACACCUGGGUUGGCUUUCAGCUGAAAUUGCAACUACAGUUUACAGUGUUCGGAAUAAUUAUUAUUUAAUUCCAUUGUAAAUAUUCUGCUAAGAUUUUAAAAAUGUGCUGCAAAUAUAUUGCAGAUGGUGAAGUAUGAAUGACAAAAGUGUUCAUGGAUUUUGGAAAACAUGGUCAUUGAAUGCAUUUUGUGUGAAAGCAAUGAAAAAUGAUUGACAGUUUGGUCCACAUAGACUUCUGUUUCGCUGAACGUAUGAAGAGUUUUGAAAAUGUGGCUUCAGUAUUGAUGCUAGCAAUUGAAAAAAAAAAAAACCCUGUAAACUCUGAUCAGUAUGAUAAUAUGCACAGCUGUAUUUGCAUCAGGGCUGUGAUAUAUACGAGUGCGUGUGCUGGACAGGUCUCACGGAGCUCUGAAGAACUUUAGUCUCAUCAGCUCUACAUUUACAGGUGAUCGUUCACAGGUAAGACAUGGUACAAAAUUCCACAUGUGACUUUAAACAAGGUGUCUUGUUAUUCAUUUUAUAUUAGGAGUGUUCUUUCAAAUUUGUGAUAUAAAUGAUUCUUCUUGUUUAAAAGUAGAGGCUCUCUUCUUUCUUUUGAUAUAUUGUAUGUUCAGAUAUUCACAACGAAAUAUUCUUGGGGCCGCGAAACUUUUGUGAAAAUGAUCAAAAAUGCUGGUGGAGAAAGAGUUAAUAACAAUGUAAGUUCAUCAGUUUCAUCUUCUCAUCACUUCACAGAUAUUGUGACAGAAGGUGAUGAUGGGUUUCAGCGUGGUCAUCAUCUUUGCUCUGCUCCAGAUCCGUCUGCUGUAUGCUGGGGUGAAUUCAGAGGAUCUUUCUGACAUUGAAAGCACUGACCCUUCUAAUCACCAUCAGCGUCAUGCUCGUGGAUCAUCUUCCAGCAAGCCUUCAGCUGGGAAAGAUAAGGACCAGAGCAUUCUUGACCCGAACACUUACUUGGAGUUGGUUGAAUCACAAACUCCACCUGAAGAUGCAGUUCUAGUUCCCCAUGACUCCCCAGAUUAUUACAUUAUUCUAACUGGGAAAUGUAAUAAUGUUAAGUUAGAUAUACUUUAUAGCCAAACUGCUAAUAAUGAAGUACGUCAAUUUCUAGUGAAUAAAGACAACUUUGAAAAUUUAGAGUGGAAAACAUGGGCAGAUAUACAGAGUGGCCAGACUCCAUUUACCCCAGUAUGGAUUUGUAAACGUUACUACAUUGCUCAAGAUGAAUUUGGUAUGGCUUAUUUGACCAAAACGAAAAUAAAGAAAAAAAACAUGCAAACCGAAGUUCUCACCCUAAACAAUGACAUAAAAUGGGAGGUAUUACAAAUUGAUAAUUAUGUAGUCCCAGAAAAGAAAACGCCAGGAAAAGUAGAAGUGCUAAAAAAGUUCACAGCUGUCAACAAGAACUGUGAUCCAGCCAAACAUGUGGUGAAGUUGGAUCAAGGCAGUGACGAAUCAAGUUCUCUUCUAAAGGGCCGUACGCAUACAAUCGGAGGGGCAAUAGAAGGAUCAGUCUCUGGUCAAACUCCAACUUUAAUUAAUUUAGGUGGAAAAGUUAGUUUGAAAUAUGACUAUAGUCGCUCGAAAACUAUAACGACAUCCAAUGUUGAUAAGGUCCUGCACUCAGUGAGUAUGGAGGUACAGGUUCCACCCAACCAAUCUUGCACCAUUGAGAUUACAAGCACAACCUUUACGACUACAGUCCCGUACUCUGGUCAGCUCAUCCGACAAUACAGGAACAAUGAAGAACGCACAACCUCUGUUUCUGGCAUCUAUGAAAAUCAGGAAGUAGCAGAACUCCAAACAUCUGUGAACCGCUGCACACCCGUGAAAGAUGCCAUGAAAUGUGGAAAUGCAUGAAACCUGCACAACUUCUGAAAAAAACAAAUGACAUGUUGUUAUGUGUGUGAUCUUAAUAGAAUGUUAAAAAAGUAAUAAAAAAAGAAGAAGCUUGCUUUCAAAAUGAUUUCAAGAAUAACCAUUAAAUUUUAACAUGCUAACA